AAGAUGCAUCUGACUUCGGAGUGGCCUCUGCUACUGCAGCUGUGAUGUUUCGGUAGAAAUAGGGGUGCAGAUCCCAAGGAAACACGCCACGAAGAAUGGCCUGAUUGGUUUGUUUUGGCUGCAUUUCCACCUUCCCUGCGAGGGGAGCACAGAGGUAAAACAAGCAGAGGGAGAGCAGGUUGGAUAGGGCUGCCCUGCGUGUGUCCAGAUGGACAAACAUACGAGGAUCGUUUCUGUGGUUCCGUCUCCGCAGAACCUGCUUCAGGUUGACAGCAACAGGACUAUUUUGUCAACACAGCUGAAAUCUUAAGUGACAUGUUGCUCCUCCUGCCAAACACGGCUACAAAGCCCCACGCUGCCGGCUUGACAUUUAAACACUUAUUUUUGUACGAGCGCCUUGGGAUGCCUGAAUGAACUGCAGCACACAAAUAGCAGCGGGGCUGUGUGCUGCCUUGGGAGGACCCCAGGGAGAGGAGCUGAUUUAGCAGCAGCUCCUACCGUAUUGCCGCAGAGACAUCCCAGCAGGGAGGUGCCUCCGUGCCACCACGGUGACAGGCAGCUGCAUCCCAGGCUCUUGCAGAGGGGACUCUGGCAUAGGAGCAUCGUACUGCCCUGGGGCUCCAAGGCAUGGGAGCCAAGGAUCUGAAGACCCGCUUAGGGAUCCUGCUUCAUAAACCAGAGCUGGGACACAGAAUUAGGACCUCUAGCAAGCUGCAGCUGGGUUCCAGGAGGAGAGACUCCUCACAAGAGGUGCUUGAAUGGAGGGAAUCCUUUGACCAGCUCCUGAAGAGUAAAAGUGGGGUGACGGCCUUCCACACCUUCCUGAAGACAGAGUUCAGUGAGGAGAACCUCGACUUCUGGCUGGCAUGCGAGGACUUCAAAAAAACGAGGUCAAAAACCAAGCUGGCCUCCAAGGCCAAUAGGAUCUAUGAGGAGUUUGUCCAAAGUGAGGCACCCAGGGAGGUCAAUAUCGACCAUGAAACCAGGGAGAUCACCCGGAAGAACCUCUCAGGUGCCACUUCAACUUGCUUCAAUGAAGCCCAAGCCAAGACCCGCACCUUGAUGGAGAAGGACUCCUACCCUCGGUUCCUGAAGUCCGCCUCCUAUCAGGACAUGACCAAACAGGCCACCAGCCGUGGCAUCAGCAAGCGGUCGCAUACCUGACCCGAGCCCGAAUCCACCGCAGGGGGACGAGCCAGGGGACCAGGCAGAGGCUGAGAGAUGGUUUGUGAGCGCUGAGGUCUGCGUGGCAGGGUUUUGGCUGAAGUCCUGGUGUUUUAGGAAGAUUCUCGGGACCUUAAGCGCUUCCACACCUCACAGAGCUGCUGGGAAGAGAAGUCCUCCCUCCCCUGAGGAGCGGAGCAGGUGGGAACGGCUUGCAUGCCAGAGCGUGCCCAAUGCCUCCCCUUGCAGCAUGCCCAGAGACCUGCACCACUGCAGGGACAGGGAGAAAUUGGAUUUGAGCUGUGAGCCCAGAAAAAAGAGUCUGGAUUCCCCUGAGCAUCCCUAACCAGAGAGCUCCUGCCCGCUCUCAGGACCCUGCCUCUGACCUGCAGCAUCAGGGGCCUGGAAUUCCCCAGACCUGCUGGCAGGGCUUUUUCUCUGAGGAAAUGGCCAGAGACCAAAACAUCCAAAGACUACAUGGCAUCUUCAGCCAAAGGAACCCUGCACAUGCCUUCUCCUCAUCCCAAGAGAUCCUCACUCUGCUGUUUCCUAUGCAUGCUCUGCUUCAAAGAUUUACACCUUCUUCCAGUGCAGUGUAUCGCUAGCAGUGAUGUUUUUAUCUGUUGCUUAAGCUACAUGACCUCUAGGUCAUGACACAAUCUUAGGUCACAUGCAUAACUGUUUAUCACUGUUAUUUAUUUGAUCGUUAUUAUAAUGUAUAUAUUUAUGAGAAGAGCACUGCUCAAAGCAAACGCACCUCUCUUGCUCCAAGGAGCUUGUAAACUAAAUUAUUUUAGAUAUUGUAGCACUUAGCAUGCCUCACCUUUUCUGUAUAAUUACUUGAAAAACAGACAUGGAACAUGACCGUGGAGCAAGGUAUGUGAAUAGCAGCAGCGAGAGCUGUGGUCCGGCAGGGCUGCUAAGAAGGUCUAGGGUGGUGGGUGUCCUGGGAGCUUGUAGGGACCACUGAUGUGUAAAAAGGUUCUUUGCCAUCCAUGCUGUUUCCUUUCUCCCCUUAAAGAUGUGGGCAGCAUCUUGGCAUGUAGACCUGUGGCUUGUCCUAGACAGAGAAUAGCGAUGUAAUACCGGCGCGUUGGUGAGCGAUCCUUUUGUAAACUUAUUUUUCACACACGGGAGAGAAAACCUAGGGCUUCUUCCUGGUUUAAAAUUGGGCUUGGUGUUCCCUUGGCCAGUGAAACCAGUCUUCAGCCACAGCACUUUAUCAGAAACCCAGGAAGCCAAGUGAAACGGUGAUGUGUGCCAUUAAUUCAGUGUCUUGAGGAACUGCAGGACGUUUCAUCAGCUCAGACCCGUGGGGUGAGCUCUCUGGAAAGGCCGGCUGAGCAGGGAUGUCUGGGUCCACCAGCCACCCCGGAAAGCUGUAGAUCCCACUUGGUACCAAUGGUAUCAGAGCCACCUGGGUGGGUGUUGGGGAGCCCACCAGUGUCCUGUGCUGGCUCACGGGGAACAGAGGAACGUGCCACCAGCACUGUUUACUACUAUUAAAGCCUGGGGCUGCCACAUGUACCUCCGUUCAUCCCCAAGACCUAACCUGGAGGUCUUUAUCCAGCUCGUACUCACUCAUUGCCAAGGGAACCAUCUUCUUCUGCCCCCAGCAUCAGCCAGAGCACAGGAUCACUCAGGCUUUUUGUGGUUGUUUCAGCAGAGCAAGGGACCGAGGAGAGGACCAGUCUGGGAAUGUUAUUCUGAAUCCUCUUCCACUUUCCCAUCCUGGUUCUACUUCUGAGCCUCGAUGGGGCCUGGCUAUGUUUACAGGGAGAUUUUAGCUGUUUUAUUAUUUAUUAUUUAUUUUUACAACUGGAACCACCUUCGUUGUGUUACUGACAUGAAUGACGCACAAUGGUCUGUUUUCAUUAUUAACACAAUAUUGUCAUAAAAUAAAACGCAAAGAGGAAAACACUACGACAAUAUGUUGUUUCUUUUUUUGUUGUUGUGGGCUUCCAAUUAGCUUUUACGUUAUAUUUGGAUGACUUGCAGAGCACACUAAAGAAAGCUGCUUGUGCUCGAUGGUUCAAGGAGCAUUUACAGUCACUUUAAAAGUUGCAGUGUCAGAACAGGAAAGGAAGGGGAAGAAUUGCG